AUGGUUAUUGGCUCUCGCCAGAAGCUUCUUGCGGAAAGCCAUAACGAAAUAAACAUCAAACUAGAAGACCAAGUUAUCAGCAAUGUUGAUCACGCAAAAUCGUCAGGUCUCAUUAUCGACAAUCGGCUUUCCUGGUCUAAUCAUGUUAACGAAUUGUGUAAGAAGGUAACUUCGGCUAUAGGUGCCCUUAGACGUAUCAGGCCCCUUAUCUCCCAAUCUACUGCGGUACUCGUCUAUAACUCCUUAAUUCAACCUCACUUUGAUUACUGUAGCCUCGUUUGGGAUGGCUUAAGUGAUCAACUGAGUGACAAAUUACAAAAGUUACAGAACCGUGCCGCUAGAGUAAUUUUAAAGGCCAACUAUGGGACUAGCUCGAGCCUGCUUCUUGAUAUACUCAAAUGGGACAAAUUAGUUAUAAGGCGAAAGAAGCAUAAAGCAAUCAUGAUGUUUAAAUCUCUAAAUGAACAAGCUCCAGUGUACUUGCAGAACCUAUUUCACGAACGAAGCACAGAC